AUGACGAGCAUGAGCAGGACACAACGCUUGUCAAGGCUGGCGUCCGCUGUGGUGGAAGCUGCGACUGGCUCCAGGAAGGGAGGUUGGACCAAGGCUGCAGCCAGUGGUGCGUCCCAUGCUGUGCACUCUGGCAAGGCCUCUGUGAAGAAGGCAGACUCCUCAACAGCCCCGCCCCCAGGCCAGGGGAGGAAAAUGCAAAGUUCAAGGGCAGGACAAGGAUUCACACAGCCAGGCCUACAUUCUGCCAUGCCUGCACCCAGACAUGCGCCUCAUCCUGGGUUGCUGCACAGCUCUCCUGUCACCCAAGCCAGCGUGCCGCAGGAUGCGGCACCGGAGGAGCCGGCACAGCAGCUGCAGCCGCAGCUAGACAUUGAUCCUGUUGUGUUGGUCGUGAAGCACUUCUUGGAAAGCAAUGGGUUCAAAAACAGUGCCAAGGCCCUAGAGCAUGAAGCAAGGAAGGAGCUGGAGAAGGUUGAUGACCUGGACGUGUCCGAGACCAACCUUGUGCAAAUCUUGGAGGAGUACGCCUUCCUGAAGCAGGUUGAGGAGCGCAGACAGAAGCUCAUUGAAGAAAACCCACUUGGGGCGGACAUGAUGAUGCUUUUGGACAUGCACAUGGGCCUCCCGACUCCUGCCGAUGGCGCAG